GGAAAACGAGCCGAAGCAGCGCGCUUUUGGCUUCGGGUUGCAAUGGCGCGCGGAAGCUCCGUGCUGCGUCAGGAGCGGCGAGCGCAGUAGCGCAUGCCGACGAGGCUCUUCACCUUCGGCUGCGGCGCUCUGGGCGAGCUCGGCUUCGAGCGCGGGGACGACGUCACGUGCCGGUCCGAGGCAACUCAAGUGGAGUUCGACCUGCCCAAGGCGGACGUGUCUUGCGUGGCAUUGGGCAAUGACCAUUCCCUGGCCUUGGUCAGCGGCAAAAUCUUCAGGUGGGGUCUCCUCACCGCGAGGUGCAAGGGGAGCGAGGGCCACGCAAGUCGGGAGGAGGGGCUGGUGAUGCCGCUACCAGCGCCUCUCUCGGAGUGGUCUCGGGAUUGGCCAGGACUAGAGAGUUCCGUGGUGGCGGUGGCGGCGGGGGGAUCCAACUCCUACCUGCUGACCGACACCGGUGAGGUCUUCAUGCUGGGCCAGCUGCGGUCCCUGGGAGCCGAGCCGAAGCUGCAGCACCUCUUCGGCUGUCCACGCCGCAGCCUGGAGCUGCAGGUGGAGAAGGUGGCCGCGGGAUGGCGGCACUGCCUCAUCCUCACCAAGGCAGGCACAGUGUUUGCCAUCGGAGAGGACGAGCACGGGCAGUGCGCUGGCAACGGGACCGGGCAGGUGGCACUACCGAUUCCUGAUGUGCAGGAAGGCGCUGUGGGUGUGGCCGCCGGCGCGUGCCACUCCGUGGCCUGGUGCCGCCUGGGCGGCGUCUUCAGCUGGGGCCACGGCGGCGCCGGGCGCCUGGGCCUGGGCGGCGCUCAUAACGAGCGUGGGCCGGUGCAAGUUCAGGCCUUGUCCCAGUUGAAGGUGGUGCUGGCACGGUGCGGGGCGAACUUCACCCUCUUUGUGACCGAGCCUGUGCGAAGUCUUCCUCACGGAGGAACUGGCGUGCGGCUCUGGUCCUGCGGCGGCAACCUCUAUGGCCAGCUGGGGCUGGGCCAGUCUGGCGAGGAGUCGCCGCAGGCCCUGGUGCCGCAGGUGGUGGACUUCCACGGGGAGUGCCCGGCCUCGCGGAACCGGGGCACCCACGGGGUGCUGGCGGUGGAGGGCCUCGAGUGUGGAGCGCACCACGUGAUAUGCCUGACGCGACCGCCAGGUCAGGAUCGGCUCGUGGUGUGGACGUGGGGAUCCGCAGUCUUCGGCCAGUGCGGCCGGGCGGCGGGGGCGCCCGACACCUCGAAGCGCUUGGCGCCUCUCCCGCUGGCGGACUUCCUCGCGCCGCUGCCGCUGUGGCCCGUGGCCGUGGCGGCGGGGCGCGCCCACUCCGCGGUGCUGGCCACGGAGCCGCGGGAUCCGAAGAAGACGGCCUCGUGCUUUCGCCUUGCGGCGAAAGCCGCGGCUCCGGCGAAGGGCGACAGCGCAGGCCUGCGAUUGUCCAAAGGCACGACAUCCGUGGUGGAUGACUUUUGCUCCAGGCUGCGCUGCUCGGCCGGAGUGAACGAGAGGCCCAGGCGGUCACAGUCCCAGUCGUCCUUGCAUCUGCUGGUGCAAAUGGGCGAGGAAGUCCGCGACGCCUUCACACGGCCUUCUGCCGCUGAAUCUUCAGGCGCCGGUGGUGGUCUGGGGCACGCCCCGUUUUCCAGAUCAUCCUCCACGCCAGCCUUGAGCCGCGAGCCGUUGACCGGGCCCACGCCGCCGAAGCGCCUGGGCGGUUUCGCCGCCUUUCCGCGACACCCGCGGAACUUUCAGGGCGGUUGGUCUCCCAGCACCGCCUUUCCGCGGCACGAUUCGGCGGCGACUGCGGCGCCGCGACGGGCUUCGGAGCGCUUCCAGCCCAAGCGCAAGGUGCAGCGAGGAACUGCUGAGUGGUGGGCGGCUUUCCCAGAUUCCUCAUCUGAGGAGGAGCUGGUCAGGGAUGCUCCGGCGGUUCCCUUCGUCCCUGUGCCUGCACCGAGUGCCAGGUCUUACGCUCCGCCGGUCAUGUCGCUCAGCGAGCAGCGGUGGUCGGGGGUGCACAGCGCGCUGCACGACCUGGAGUCCACCAUCGCCAAUGUCGUGAAGACCAGAGAGAACCUGUCCUUCAGCGGUGCCUUCCGAGGCGUGGCGGACUGGUGCGAGGAGAUGCCGAAGCCCAGGCCUAGGCUGGGCUCGAACCUGAGCCAGCGACCUGACGUGGUGCACCAGGAUCCCGCGGCUGCGACACCCCGAACCCCAGCUGGAACGCCGGCAAAUGGUGCCAGAGGUGGCGCGAUCCGAGAGUCGAUCAAGCCCUUGACAGCCAAUGCCGGCAUCCAGGCGGACCUUUGUGGCCAUGGCCUGCACGAGGCAAACGGUGGCGGCUCGCGGAACUCCGAAGGCAGCCAGCGCAGCAGCAAAGCGGAGCCGGAGCUCAAAGGCGUGGCCUCUCUGCGGCGGCUCUGGGAGUCCAAAGCCGACUCCGAGAAGCGAGUCGACGGAGCCGAGGAGCGCAGAUCCCGUGAAGAGCACGGCAGCGCCCAGCCCGUCCAGCCAGAGCUGUCCGCUGGCCACGAACGGCCGGCAGGCGACCCGCCGUCCAGGCCAGUUCCAAAGGACGCGGCGCCUUUCUCUCUGGGCGACACCUCUGCCCCUGAGAGCCCGGAGUCUCCGAGCUCUUUGAGGUCUCGGAAAGCUGAGCCGGCGAGCAUGGAGCUUGCUGGCGAAGUGCAGGUCGCAGCUGAACGGUCGCCGUCUCCCUCCCCAAUUCCGCACGAGGCUGGUUGGGAGACCAAAGUGGAGGGCCUGCGCCCCUUCUCCUUGGGCGCCAGCGACGAUGGCUCCGUGUCCUCCGUGGACCUCCCACUGGCGCCAAGCCGCCGCAAUUCGAGCGCCGAAGAAGCGACGCCGCGGCGGGCGGCGGUGGCGGCGGCGGCGUCGGAGGUGACGAUGGCGCGGUGCCCCUCCGACAGCGGCUCGGAGUCCAGCUGUGGGGAAGGCGUCGUCGACUUGCUGGAGGUCAGAAGUGCUGGCAGCGACAGCAGCAGCAUUUGACUGCGCGAUUCAUUCCGGAGACUGGACCCACGUGUCUCUUUUUGAG